AUGGACGGCAAGAAACGCAUCUCGUAUGGCGCAACCCAGCCCCAUCGUGGAUAUCUUGCGUUGGCUAACACGUUAUCUGUCUCAGCUGUCGACGCUGCCAACUUCGUAAACAGCAGCAGCGAGUGCUCAUUCCGGGACGAUGACACUCGCCGUCGACCCGUCAACCGUGCAUAUGUUGCAGCCCUCGAGGAACGGCUGGCCUCAUACGAGGCUACCAUCCGCUCCCUGCAGCAACAAUCACCGUCCAACCCCCCAUCCCAGAGCUCAACCAGUCUGCUGGCCCAGACACCCGGGACGUCCGUGCCUGUUGCAGGAACCGCUGUACCAGACCUGAUAUUUGACUACAGCGGCUCCUCUAGAGUAUCAACUCUGACCCUGCAACCAAGUCCGCAAGGCCACCGGUCUUUUUACGGCCCAACUAGUAUAUACCAAAAGGGCUGUGUCACAGAUGGCAACAACAACGACGGCAAUCGCAGAGAUCAGCCACCCCCGACGAUCAAUGCCUAUCAGGAUAUCUACCUCUCAGGGAUCUUCAAGCUCGAGGACCUUGUACUCAACGACUCUCUGUCCAUGUUCUUUCGGCAUCUGAAUGCCGAGUGUCCCUUCAUCGAUGAGACGGCUCUCGUGCAGGACUUCACCCGUAACAAGCACAUGGGCAAGUUCUGGUCAUACCCGCUCCUGUAUGCUAUCUGUCUGCUAGGCGCAAGGAUAUCACGCGACCCUCAGGUGUCAGCCACUGUCGACCCGCUCAAGCGAUGCGUCCACAAACUCCUGAGCUUCAAGCGACUCCAAAGUCCGCAUAUCACCAUCGUCCAGGCCUUUUUCUGUCUUGCAUUGUUUGAAUUUGGCGCCGGCAACAAUAGCAAGGGAUGGCUCCUCUCAGGAAUGGCUGUCCGUAUGCUCCAGGACAUGGGACUUCAUCAAGACCCACGAUUCCUGGUUCAGGACGACUCAAGCAUCAGCCUCGCCCAGGACUCACAGAUGCGGAGAAAGGUCUUUUGGGGCUGCUAUGUGACCGACAAGGUCAUCAGCUUGUAUUUCGGCCGUCCUGUGCAUCUGCGGCACGACGAUGCGGCCGUAGACUUCUUGGACCCAGAGGUCUGUCAAGCUGAGGCUGAGAGGGGUCCUGAACUCGCAGAAGUGGACUCGCCUCUAUAUACCCUAUUAGACAACUCGAUCCCUUCAUCGAUCUUGCUAAUCCAUCUAGCGGAUCUAAGCAGAAUCAUCGAGUCGAUGAUGGCAGAUGUUUUUUCUACUCGACUGAUCAAGCUGCCAAGGAAGGACCUAGUUACUCACAGAGUGGCAAAGCUUGAGGAGCUGAAUCUUCGACUUUUCCAAUGGCACACAGCCCUGCCCGAGACAUUCGCUUGGAACCAAUGGACACCCACCACUCAGACUUUGCCGCCUCAGCUGACGAUUCUUCACGCAUUGUAUCAUAGCUGUAUUAUAUCGUUGAAUCGGCACUUCAUCCGGCCAACUCCCGGGUUUGCGCGCAAGACUCAGUCUCGAGACAUCUGCAUCAGUUCUGCUGACAGUAUCAUGGCCAUCACUCGGCACUACCGAGCUCAGCAUUCCCUCGCAACCGCACCCUUGGUCUUGGUUUACAGCCUUGCCAUGGCAGCGACGGCGGUCACGUUUGCCCUUGACAGUUCCGUGUCGCCCCAUGAUCAGUCAGCAGAACUCGCGCAGCACAUGAACUUUCUUGUGAAGACACUCAACGAGUGCUCCAAGACAUAUGAGGUGGCUUCCCACAUAAGCGAGAGGCUAAAACGGGGACCGCAGAAGAAGAAGAAUGCACAGCGGGAGGAGGAAGAUGAAGAAGAGGGGGGAGAAGAGGGUGGAGAAGAAGAGGAGAUUACUCCAUCCUCACAAGAUGCAGAUGCGGAUGUCCACGACUGCUUGCAGCCAGCGCAAGUAUUACCAGAAACCGUCAUUCCCGAAGAAACGCUCCAAGUGCCCGGUGCGGAAGCGUGGGGUACUUCGUGGUGGAACGACGGCGUAAUGGGAUUCGCGCAACCUGACAACAUGGAAGGCCAGCUGGAUGUUUUGUUGACCUCGGGAGACCAGGAAGGAGACAUGAUGGCCAACUUUAACUGGAGCAAUAUGAUGAUUUAG